UUUACCUGAUUACUCCAUGAGGUUUUUUAAGCAGAGCUGUGUCAGGAAUCCAGCCACAGGCUUUUCCGGCCUACCACCUUCUUUCUUCAAUCCAUCGCCGUGGAUGGUGUCCAAGUGACUCACAAACCAUGGAUUUUCCUUGUCCUCUUUUUCCUGGAUUUUACAAUGAGGGGCCCAUCAAUGGAGAAAUAAUCAGUGGUCCUCCUGUACAGGGAUGGGGGGAGCUUGGCAAGGUGCGUCAGUCCACUGCGGACCCCCCAGAGGCUGGUUGCAGCUUCAUUCCAUUUUGUAGCAGAACUGCAGAAAAAUGGGUUACUGUGGAACCCACCCCUCUCCCCUUCCUGGAGCCCAAUACCGGCUGUGGAUUUUCUCCAGUGACAGAAAGGGACCUGUUUAUUCCACACAAACAGGCACUCUGUGAAGAUGUCAAGCUCAGGGAUGCAGCAAAAAAGAUGAAUUUCAGCAAACAGCUGCACCAGUUCACAUGGGAUCACAGCGACACUGCAUUCCAUGCGAUGGGCAGGCUUCUGGAACCACACUGCUACUUCGGGGACAAAUGCAUUCGCAAGGACAGAACACGCCGUUUGAGGAUGACCAGUCUGCUGCAGUCUCUGAGAACCAUUCCACACCAAGACUGUCCCUUCUCUUACUCCAAGUCUCAUCUACGCUCCCUUUCAUUCCGUACUUGUGAUUGGCUGCAGGAUUUUCCUCCUAGGAUGAUGGCACGUGUGGUCCACGAAGCCAUGCUUGAUGAUUGGCACCAGCUGAGGUUCAAGGAGUCGAUCACUGGUGGCUCUCUGUCCUGGAUUCCAUACUCUGAUGGUUGGAAGGGCUGUCUCAUUUACCCCCGAGGAGCAGCUAUGAACCAGCUCCAUUUCCAGCCGGUGAUUCUGGAUCGGUCUGUUGAGAAACAGGUUAAGAUUUGCAAAGAUCCAGUUGUGUAUGAUCUUGCAGCCCGGGUCCUACAAGUGAGCACAGGGAGCCCCAGCUUCUCAGAGGAAGUCUUUGUUGGCGUCCGGUCCUCGUACCAUUUGGCUUCCUGGAGCUUCUGUCCCCAAAGCCCACCCCGACCACUUCAAGUAAUUAAUACCCAGAAUCCCAGUACCUGUAUCAAUGUCAGCCCGCACCUGCCGGGAGAGUUGUGUGUCUGUACGGAGAGCGGGGCCCUUUAUUUAUGGAGCGUGGAGACUGGUCUGCAGAAGGUUCGAGAGGACAAGGACAACCUCUUUUUCCGUGAUGACUCGAAGUGGAGAUGGAGUGAUUUCACCAACCACCCAAGGGUGCUCACCUAUGCAGACAGGACAGGGGUGCAAGCCACAGACAUCAGGGUUGGUGGCACCCAAGGCCUGGAUUUGUUUCGUAUUGGAAAAGAAGCUUUGUGUCGGAGAGGAGAGCGAGUUAAUUUGUCCCGUUGUUUGAGGGAGACAAACCCUGCGCACUGUCUCAUUACAACACAGUUUUCGGUCUAUAUCAUGGACGAGCGCUUUCCUCUGGUUCCAGUCCUGAAAUGGGCGCAUAUGUUGGACUCUCCGCCCAUAUUCGCCAGCAUAAUCAGCAGUGAAACUGGUCGAUCCAAUAAAGUCCUGGUCAGUUCUGCAUGCGAACAGCAAAGCAUCCUUCUACAGUAUACAGGGGGUGCUACUUCUACUUGCCAGCUUCUCCUACCAGCCCUUGUUCUCCCACAGUUGGCUGGGAGUCUGAUGCAUCUUCCCCCAUUGCUCCCUCUGCAGCAGGACUUGGUGACCCAGAGACUAGCAUCUUCUAUAGCCGGAUUGGCUGCUGUUGGCACGAAGGGUGACCAGGAGUCCGUGACUGUUUUUCACCUCACAGAGGCUGGAGACCUCUUUGUUCAGAGGCUUUUGUAUGUUGGCCAAGGACCUGAGACAUGGCAAGGUCCUGGUCAUGAGCAAACAUUGGAGGAGUACUCAAACAAUGUACCACGGACACCUGAGGCAGACUGCACCAGUACUCAAUGUACACCGCAUAGCGUGAGUUCCGUUCAGCAACCAACUACGGCACAGAAUGCUGUGGUUAGUGUUCAAGAAGAAGAAAUUGAUUUCACCUCUGUAGAAACUUGUGCAGUAGUUACUGGCUCUGAGGAAGAGGCUCUAGCAUUAAGUCUUACACCUGAAACUCAACCACCAGGAUCAAUUCGUACUCCACUCGCAUAUCAUGAAGUUGGCAUCAAUCACCACAAUGAAACUGCUGGAUUUGAUCUUGAAUCAGAGGAGACAAGAACUGUGGAAGAACCCAUCAAUAUUGAUCGUAUUCCUAAGACAGCACCUAUACCUACCUUCCAGACCAAACCUUCCCUAAGCUCUGAGUCUUGCUUGCGAUACAAACACUGGUUCAGCAAUCUGCUCCAGGAUUACAGUAGUGGGAAAGCUGAACGACAACAGCGCCCAAAGUUUUAUAUAAACCAGCUCAUCCAUACUCUAGCUGUAAUAGACCCAGCACAGGAUUUGGAUAAUCUGCGUGGAAAACUGCGUGAAAGUAUGAGGCGAGGAACACUGGUGCAAAUUAAGACUCAAAAAGAGCACAACCCUUUAGAAUCUGUUUGUCCACAACGCUGGAAGGAUUCACUGAGCCAGAGGCUAACUGCGGCUUGGGAGGGGAAGCUGGAACUCUGGUGGAAUGACUACCUGGGCCUAAACCAAAACAGUAAAAUACAGUCUCUCAGAGAGCGUCGACGCAUUCAGAAGUUACGGAGAGCUCAUAGUAGAAGCACUCUCUCUAGUAGCUUUACCUCAAGCCUGAGUUUUGAGUCAGAACACUCUGACAUGGACACCAACUCUCAGUGGUCAAACAGUCUUGGUCUUUCAGAACAUGAAUCGUCUUCCGGUGUGACCACAGGAGCCCAGACGAUGAUCUCUGCUUCUCCCGGAUUAUCAGCAACUGUGUCUAGGGGAAUGUCCGAACUCUCCAAAACUUUAAAUAUUGACGCAACAAGUAAACAAAAGCUCAGAUCCCAAAACGUACAACAGAAUCCAAGUACCCACAAGAAGAUCGCCAACUCUUCCACUCUGUUAUCAUCUCAGUCUCUACGUUCAAAAGGAAUACCCAAGGAAAGGACUCGAACAAUGCUGGACUUUUUGUCCUUCCUAGGGGAACCCUCUGAACCCGUAGACUUUCCCUCUUCUUCCAGCUCCUUGUUACCUGUCCAAAUCUCACAGACUCCAUCCUCAUCUCAGGGCUCCCAACCUCCUAAUAAAAGGUCCCGGAUGGGCUUCUGAUCUGGACCUUGUAGAACAGUCAGAGUUUCCUAUUGCUGAAUUAAUUACUUUAUUUGCACUACUAGCUGUUUGUGAGAAAUUAAACCUUUUUUUUUAUAUAUUUAUACGUUGGCUAUUUGUGUUAAAAUAGAUAUUUGCAAAUAACAGGGUGUAGCAGAGCUCCAAUACCAAGCAUAAGUAUCUUCGCUAUUCCUUACUCGAAGCUGAAAGAAGCAAUGUAGCAAUCCAAGACCCUUCCCCCCCCCAGCAACUAGACGUCACAUAGUUCUGGUAAUCAACGCUGUUUAAUUUGGCCUUCAUGAACCGACCGCCAGCAUGGGGUCUCCACAUCGACAUUUUUAAGGGAGCCUCUGUCUCUGAGAGACAAUUGAGUGAGAAAACUAUAACUCAACCAUCUCUCAGAUCCAGGAAAACACACACAAUAUUACAACCUGCCAUAAAAACAAAUCGCAAUAACAUAGGAACCCCACGAAAGUCAUGUCGCCGAAUAGCUUGAGUCUGAGCACCCACUUUGUCGAAAUACUGCUCAGAUCCCUUAGGUGGUUCAGGAACGCCAUUCGAAUGAAGUUUCGACCGGUCGGCCACUAGGUGAUGCCCCAAAACUGAAACAGAAAGAAAAGGCAAUCACCGGUCAUCUUUCGGGGGUUCUCACAUGAACACCGACAAAUGCUCCCCCUGACUUUAAGGGAGCGAAUGCUCCCCUUGUUUGGUAGUUAUUGUCUCCCAAACGCUGUUCUCAUAGCUGUUCGGGAAAUUGGAUGGGCACCAGUACAUGUUCCCCGGGAGAUAAAGUGGCUGCCAACUCCUGGAGCACGUACGAACGGCAGCCACACAGGGGAAUCACCUGCACCAACAAUCAACCCAUGGCCAACAGCCAGGGGUGGUCGGCGAUCAGAAGGUGCCAACAAGGGCACCACACAGAGUCGAACAGGGGUGCACAGACAGCCGAACGAAAGGGGAAAAAAGUGUAGCCAGGGCAUCCAUUCCGCUACACAGGGAUUGAUUAAACCCAUAGCUUGAGAAAUUCCAUCAAUUCCUCUGUUUAGAUCUAAAAUGUUAUUCUGUCAUCAGUUCCUGAAUUACCCUGUAAAAGCACUGUAGCGGAUUGUAUUAAGGCUGUCCUCAGGAAUUCGUAUUGAAAAUUUAUUUGUGUAACCGUUUCCCUGUAUAUCUGUAAAGUGUAUGUAGCUUUCAUAUGAUUGUUCGGUAGUUUCAUAGAAUGAAACUACCGAACCAUUAGACCUCACCAGUGAGAAGUGUGCGCCUCGUUAAGCGUUCACACUCUGUAAACCGCAGCUUAAUUGAUACAUUGGAUGUGCCUGUGUGGUCACCGUUCGGCAUACGAACCACGUGCGGCGGCCAUCUUACGCAUGAAAAUCUCAGCGGUGUUUGGUCGUCGAGUGUCUGGAACUCAAAUCGGAUACUCAAACAACCGAACACCACUGAGACCUCCAGAGCUACAUAACUCCCUGUAGCAGAACCCCUUUUGGCUGUCCCAUCUAUUUCUUUUAUUGUUGGCACUUCAGAGUUUUUCUAUGCCUGUAGUAUACAUAAUUACAUAUAACUAUAUGUGGCCAGACUCUGUUCGGUAUAAAGAUAUACCAGCUUGCAGGUGAACCACUAAAUUCACAAUACGAACAAAGUACCGAACAACCGGACCACCCUGAUGUGAAGAAUACAUGUAAUUUACCUCCCUGAUUGCUUUUCAUAUUCCCUUUCACAUACAAACACGCUGCUACAUUCCCUGGGUGGCAGCCGAACACGUGGCGGCGGCCAUCUUAAA